AUGUUGUUGAAACUCUCAUCCACCUUCCUCCUCGCACUCGCUGCUGCCACCACCAGCGUUUGGGCCCAAGACGAACGCCUAACAUUCCAAAACGUAACCUCCAUCUACGGCACCUGGUCUUCUGGCUCCCAAAAUGUCACCACCGGAAUCGAGUUUUUCAACCCCGUAACUCAAUCCUUCACCCUCCCUGCCACUACCGGCAUUUCCUACUCCUUCACCGAUAACGGCUAUUUCGAAGAAUCCCGCUAUCAAUUCGCCUCGAAUGCCGUCACCAACCGUUGUUUCAAAGCCUCGCUAAUCUGGCAACAUGGAACCUAUCAAUUCCAUUCAAACGGCUCCAUCACACUCCAACCUUUCCCUGCAGAUGGAUAUAUUCAGGUUCUCGAUCCGUGUGGAGCGCAGACGAGCAGCAUUUAUCACUAUGCGGAGUUCGAGUUGAUCAGCAGUUGGUAUAAUUAUCAGGACAACAGUCCAGGGUUCAAACCAAAGGGAGAGGCUAGCUUUGCGCUGCAGAUGAUGGCAUUCGACGGCUCCAAACUUCCCCUAAUGUGGCUUAGAAACAGACCACCGAACAUGCUCCCAACCAAACAGCUUUUCCAACAGGUGCUGAACGAUGCUGGUGCCUAA